AUGCCUGCACAAGAAACUCAACAGCCUCAAGCUCAGCAAAUGGAGCUCCCAACUACCGCACAAGUCCAUGCCGAACAGCCACGUCCAACAGAGCAAAUGACAGCUGAGUCAGUGAGCAUGCGUGGAGGUGGAGGUGGUGAUAUCUGCUGCGGGCUGUAA